UCCUAAUUAUGUACCAGCACAAUUUGAUGAUACACCAUGAACAACAAAUAAGUAAUGAAUUAAAUAAAUUAAAUAAAAAAUAUUAAGAAUUUGAUGAGUUGAAUGAUAAUGGAGAAUGGGAUAACGCAACAGGAGGUAAAAAAAAAAAAAGUUAUUGAAACUAAAUUACAAUAACAAAUGAAAAUUUUGAGUAAAUAUGCAAAUAGGAUUCUUGAUGAAGUCCCAGAUGGUAAAUUAUCCGUUUCUGACAUCAAGAUGGGCAAAAAAAAGCUCUUGGUGAUAAAUAUGCAAAAAAAUAGUGAUAAAUCAGAUCGUGCUACUGUAGAGCAAGUGUUAGAUCCUCGAACGAGAAUAAUUCUUUUUAAGAUGAUCAAUUGCAACGUAAUCUAUGAAAUAAAUGGGUGUGUAAGCACUGGUAAAGAGAAGAUGGAAAUCAUAGUUUAUAAAACUUCAAUUUUAGUGUUUAAAGAUAGAGAUCGUUACGUUACGGGAGAAUUUAGAUUUAGACAUGGUUAUAGUAAACAUAAUCCAAGAAAAAUGGUUAAUUAUGGGCGGAAAAAGAAAUGAUAUAUUAUCAGCUUAUAAAGAAUAUGAGAAUAAUGUAUUAUAAAU